AUGGCCAUCGCUGCAAACUCCAAGCGCAUCGUGCAGAUGCUCUGGCUCGCCGCCGGAUUGCUCUUCACGCUCGCUCUGCUGCACUCCCUUGGCAGCCCUGAUAAGGCCAAGGAAUGGGCCACCAACAAGGUUGGCAACCUCAUGAACAACGAUGGUGGCCGCAACACCAUGCGCGAGUUCAUGGCUACCGCCGAGUCCAUCUGGGCAAAGACUGUCAAGCAGCGCCAUGACAUGAUUGCUGAGGACUACGGUGAUGCCUCGCUGAUGCCUUUGUUCCCUGCCACUGACCCUGCGGCCUACGGAAAACACCCCUAUUCCGUCUGGGACUUCGCCCCCGCCUCGUACAGCUGCCCCCACGAGAUGGAGCGCGUCGGACGUAUGGGAGACGGCGGCAAGUGGGUGUGCGGCAUGUCGAGAUAUGUCAACUUUCCCAGAGACCGUGAAUGUGUCAUCUACUCCUUCGGUGUUCGUGAUGAGUCCAGCUUCGAGAACGAAAUGCUGAGCCGCACCAACUGCGUCGUCUGGGCCUACGACUUCUCUGUCGUCGACUUUGGCGAGCAACUCGAGCCUGGCAACCGCGACCGAGCCCACUUCCUCCAGGCUGGUAUCUCUGGCAAGACGGACAAGACCAAGACGCCCCCCUUCUACAGCAUCGCCGACCUGAUGAAGAUGAAUGGCCACGAGUACAUUGAUAUCUUGAAGAUGGACAUUGAAUUUGCCGAGUUUGAGGCCAUGGACGGUCUCAACGAGGAUUUCCCCAUCCGCGCCGGCGAGGAGCUUCCUAUUGGCCAGCUCAUGAUUGAGAUUCACUUCUUCAGUGGCAUGACUGCCUCUGGCUUCCUUGACUGGUGGGAGCGUCUGGAGUCCCGUGGUCUUCGCCCUACCUGGACCGAACCCAACCUGCUCGCCGUGACUCUGAACUUGGGCAACAAGGACCCGCUUCUCGCCGAAUACACCAUGAUCAACGUUCACGACAGCAAAAACGUUGUCUUUGGUGGUAGACAUUAA